GUUUCUGACCGUCGCCUCCUUGUACUUCCUCUCUUCACUGGCAUUCACGGCAAGCCCGGUUCGGACUAGAUCCUCGGGAGUCUUCUGCAGAGCUGCGCCAGACAAAGUGGAGGUGGUGCAAAACGUGGCACUAGGAGCUGCGUACGCCUCAACGUUCCUGAAGAAGGACGACUCCUGGAUCGCAUCGGCCCUGCCGAUGAUCGAUCA